UGUUCAAACGACCAGAUUCAGUCACUUACACCUACCCCAGUAUGUUAUUCUGAAAAUAAUCAUCAAAAUCUCAAAGCUACAAGAUAAGGAAUAUCAUACAGAAAAAUGUCAACUAAACUUUCAUUGGCCAAGAAAUACUAUGGCAGUGAAAAGAAUGUUUGGGUGGAAAUGAGUAAACUGGCUGUAGACUAUAAUGCUGUCAACCUUGGGCAGGGUUUUCCAGACUUUAAACCACCACCAUCUGCUACAAAUGCUAUGAUAGAAGCUGCUAGUAACAAGAACCAUUUACUACACCAAUAUACUCGAGGUUUUGGACAACAUCGAUUGAUUGACAUAUUAUCAAAGGUAUAUUCUCCAAUAAUGGGCCGUACAAUUGAUCCAUUUAAGGAAAUACUCGUCUCAGUUGGAGGUUAUGGUGCUCUUUACAGUUGCAUAAAUGGUUUCUUGAAUCCAGGAGAUGAGGUAAGGCUGAAUCGGAGGCAAUUCUCAUUGCUUUCUCUUGAUCAACCUGUAUAUUGUUAUUUUAUUGUUGUGUUAGUGAAAAUAAUGAUAUUGUUGUAAGUAAUAUAGAGAUGG